GGGCUGACGGAGGUGCCCCGGGACCUCCGCACCUGGCCCGUCUACGUAAACCUGAGCUACAACAAGUUGACAGAGAUCGAUCCUUCUGCCUUCGCAGAGCUGCCCAACCUGCGAGAAGUACGCCUGAACAACAACGAGCUGACAGCAAUUCCGGCCCUGAAAUCUCCUCCCCACAUCGUCUCCCUCUACCUGCAUCACAACAGGAUCCGCAGCAUUGAAGCGAGUCCGCUGAAGCCUUACGUUGCCCUGGAAACGUUGGACCUGAGUUCCAAUGACAUCAUGGAAAUACGAAGCGGCUGCUUUCCACAGGGACUUCCCAUCAAGGAGCUCAACCUGGGGAGCAACAGAAUCAGCACCCUGGAGCCUGGUGCGUUUGAUAGCCUGUCACGGUCCCUGCUAACACUUCGGCUGAGUAAAAACAGGAUCACCCAGCUUCCUGUGAAGGCAUUCAAGUUACCCAGGCUAACACAACUGGAGUUAAACCGGAAUCGCAUCCGCCUGAUUGAAGGCCUGACGUUCCACGGACUGGACAGCUUAGACGUGCUGAAGCUGCAGCGCAACAACAUAAGCAAACUGACUGACGGGGCCUUCUGGGGUCUGGCCAAGAUGCAAGUCCUACACCUGGAGCAGAACAGCCUGACCCAGGUGAACAGCGGCUCUCUCUACGGCCUCUCAUCUCUCCACCAACUUCACCUCAGUAACAACUUGAUAGCCCACAUCAACCCUGAGAGCUGGAAGUUCUGUCAGAAGCUGCAUGAGCUAAUAUUGUCCUAUAACAACCUGACCAGACUGGACGAGGGGAGCUUGGCAGACCUGGGAGGACUGCAUGUACUGCGACUCAGCCACAACGCCAUCAACCACAUUGCUGAGGGAGCUUUCAGAGGACUCAAAAACCUGCGUGUUCUGGACCUGGACCAUAACGAGAUCUCAGGCACAAUAGAAGACACCAGCGGGGCAUUUAUGGGCCUGGAUAACCUAAGCAAGCUAACUCUGUUUGGAAACAAGAUCAAGUCCGUGGCCAAGAAAGCGUUCUCAGGCUUGGAGGCCCUGGAGCACCUGAACCUCAGGGACAAUGCAAUCCGGUCUAUCCAGCCAGAUGCUUUUGCUAAGAUGAAGAACCUGAAGCAGCUCCACAUAAACAGCGACAGCUUCCUGUGCGAUUGCCAGCUGAAGUGGUUACCGCUGUGGUUAGCCGAGAAGGAGCAGCAGCCCUUUGUGGUAGCCACCUGCGCCCACCCUGAGUCGCUAAAGAGCAAGAGCAUUUUUGCCGUGCCCACAGAAAGUUUUGUGUGUGACGAUUUUCCAAAGCCCCAGAUUAUUAUUCAGCCAGAGACAACAAUGGCCGUUCUCGGCAAAGAUAUCCGCUUCACCUGCUCGGCUGCAAGCAGCAGCAGCUCCCCUAUGACGUUUGCCUGGAAGAAGGACAACGAGGUCCUUCACAAUGCCGAGAUCGAGAACUUUGCCCAUGCACGGGCUAAGGAUGGUGAAGUGAUGGAAUACACCACCAUCCUGCACCUGCGGCACGUCACCUUCUCCCAUGAGGGGCGCUACCAGUGCAUCAUCACCAACCACUUUGGCUCCACCUACUCCAACAAGGCCCGGCUCACGGUGAAUGUGUUGCCUUCGUUUACCAAGACUCCCCAUGACAUCACCAGCCGAACCGGAACAACAGCGCGGCUGGAAUGUGCAGCCAAUGGCUUCCCUGUCCCCCAAAUUGCUUGGCAGAAGGACGGAGGCACCGACUUCCCAGCAGCCCGGGAGCGCCGCAUGCACGUCAUGCCAGACGAUGACGUCUUCUUCAUCACAGACGUGAAGAUAGAGGACAUGGGCGUUUACAGCUGCACGGCGCAGAACUCCGCGGGCUCUGUGUUGGCCAACGCCACCCUGACUGUGCUAGAGACGCCAUCCUUGAUCCACCCACUGGAGGAUCACGUCGUGUCAGUAGGUGAAACAGUGGCCCUUCAGUGCAAAGCAACGGGAAGCCCACCUCCACGCAUCACCUGGCUGAAAGGGGACCAGCCACUGGUAGUGACAGACAGGCAUCAUUUCACUCCCGGUAACCAGCUGCUGAUCGUUCGGAAUGUUGUGCUGGAGGAUGCUGGGAAAUACACCUGUGAAAUGUCCAACACUCUUGGUACGGAGCGGGCACACAGCCAGGUCAGCAUCUUGCAAUCCCUUGGCUGCAGGAAGGACAGGAUGACGGUGGGGAUUAUCACCAUCGCAGUGGUGUGCAGCAUUGUGCUGACGUCUUUGGUCUGGGUGUGUAUCAUAUACCAGACCAGAAGGAAGAGUGAAGAAUACAGUGUCACCAACACAGACGAGACCAUCGUACCGCCUGAUGUGCCAAGCUACCUGUCCUCGCAGGGGACUCUCUCUGACAGACAAGAGGUAGUCGUCAGAGUCGAUAGCAGCAACCAACCGCCUAAUGGGCACAUAGAGAACAAUGGUGUGUGUCAGACUGAUGGUGGAAGAGGUCCAGAUGAUGAAGCUCCCACUGUAGCUUGCAGACAGCCGAAGCUAUGUGUAGGAUACAGUAAAGACACUUGGAAAACAGAAGACUCAGAGGAUGGAAUGCUUGUGCCAGAUAAGACAGGGUACGGCCUACCGGUUGUAUGCACUGACUGUAGCGGAAGUACAGACAGUAUGAACGUCAACAUUUACCCCAAGGAUCCAGACUAUUAUUCUCAGCCAGCUGAGACUAUGGAGAACACACAUCAAAAUGCAUUAAGCCGAAAAGAGCCAAGUAGGAGCAGGAGCAGAGGCAGCAAUCCUCUUCACCAUCAACAGUGUGUUACGGUUGCCAGCACUCAGAGAAUGGACACCGAUAGUACGCUGUAUCCCAGCAACCAUGACAGAAUGCCACCGUCGUCCUGCAUGAAUCAGCCACUGCAUGUGGAAAGACAAGGCUCUUCACAGCCUUUAGUGAAUGAUUCAGACCAUAAUAACCUUAAUUUGCGAGCUUCCCCUUCAGAAGACUCAGUUCAGCAGCUAAAAGGGACACCUGAAAUGUCACUGACAUCACUGGAUUUACAGGGAGAGGCUGAAGCUAAACAAACUCUUCUUUCCAAUGGAUACCUACCCAAAUUACAAGACUCCACUCAUGAGUUGAAACCACCAAUAAGAUCAAUGGAUUGAGGGGGGGGGGAGAGGGAUACUGCCAUGUGCAAAUGAACAAACCUACUAAUUUUUUUGCACAGAAUAGCUAGGCUACUUACUUCUACCUCAACUCUUGAACGGACACCCUCUCAAAGGAAAAGGAAACAAAUGAGGUAUGAGAAACAAGCUUCUGUGGGGAACAAACUCCUGCUUGAGCGUCACCUGUGUGUACAUAGUUUAAAACUUCAGUGAGAAGUAUUACUAGUUCAAAAGUUGACUUGCAUACGAAGCACAUACUUGCAAGGGACGAUUGUGUAGAGAAAAGUAUUUGAUACAGUUGUACAUAAGAGUUUUCAUAUUAUAUAUAAAUAUAUAUAUCUUUUACAGAGGCUAUUUUAAUCUUUAGUGCAUGGAUAACUGAGUGAAACUUUACAAAGUUUUGGCAAUAUUAUUUUCAGUAUCAGGUUGCUGUUAAAUUUUUCAAGAGAAAGAAUUCUGGUGCCUUAAUGCAUAAGCAGAACUUUAAAAACCCAGGCUGUUUCAAAGGAAUUAUCAUGUUUGGCAAUGGAAAUUCCUUUAAAUCAAGCAUUGAUUGGGUUAUUUUAGCACAAAUCCCCUCCCCCCUGAAAUGUAUUGCACUUAGCAGGUUUAAACUGAGAUCUUAAAUUAUUUCAAAGAAACGCUAAAUAGAGUUUAUAGGGAGAGCCAAGCAAUUACCAAAAAAAGACAAAGUAACACAUAGCAACCUGACUUUCUUUUUUUUUUCUUUAUGGAAGAACUUAAAAUCCAUUACCUUUAGACCUGCCGUGAAGAGCUAAAGGUUAAAUGAUCUAUGGUGACAGUCUGUACUGUUCUGCAGUAAUUUAUAGAGGCAAGCUGAAUUAAACUACUGUGGACACUUGAAAAACAGAGAGCUGAAAUUUCUAACAAAAAAUACAUGCAGUUGGGGAUGGGUUUGUUUUUCUUUUUGCACCUGUGUCAGAAUUCAACCCCCCCGCCCUUCCGGGUCAUCCCCAACUUACUGUAAUACUGGCUGUGUGCAGGCGAUAGCCUGCAACACCUAACCAGUUUUCUCUCUGGCAUUAUAUGAAGCUCUUUGCUCUACAUAGAUUCCCUAGAACUGCAGCAAGCCUCUCCCCCCCCCCCAGCUUUCUCCUUGCAUGCAGAUGUUCAUUUCAGGUAUAUGAUUACCUGUUUAUGCAGCAGUUCCAAGCUAUUCGGAAAUAUUCUGGUUUAGAAAUAAGGGUAUAGGGUGGUAGAUGGCCUCACCAGUUAAAAGGAACAAGGUCUACAUGCUAUGUGGUCUUUAAGUUCAUCCAUGAUUUCAAAAACCCCAAACAAACAAACCCCUAACUGAUCACAUGGCUCUGUGUCACUUAUAACUUAAGGCUGAAGCUUUUUAUUUUUAGUGAGGCUGCUUCUGUUGGUUAUGGGAACCUGUGGAUGGAUGGGUUGGUUGGUUUUCUGUUCUUUGGAAUCUUGAGUUGCUAGACUUUGGUGAUGACUACUCUGGGGAAAGGUUGGUGGGUUUUUUUGUUUUGUUUCAUUUUUUUUCUUAGAAGCAACUAAAGGCCAGUUUCAGCAGAGCAGGGUCUGGUGGAAAUCCUGCUCGUGUCAUUACAGUAACUCACAACAAGCAUAGGGCAGUGAGAACUGAUCAGGACCUUGAUUCAGAAAAGCAUGCGUCUCCAGGACAACACUAAACAACUAGUACUUUUCCACAUCAGGGCUAAAGUAACCCACUCAUAUUAUUCCAAGCUAUCCCCAAAGUCCAUCUUCUUUAAAAGACAGCCACCCUUCAUAACUGAUCUCUGUCCUGUGACCCAAGGAAAGGCUGACCCUGGCUUUUAUGGAGCAAGGCAUAAUUUCGCCAGCUACCUGUCUAGACCAGUUUCUAACUGUAGACACAUUUGCACUUUGUGGCAGGUGACUAAUUAUGUUGAGUGCCAACUUUUAACUAUUCAGCAAAUUAAAAGAGAAGGAGAUGGGUGAUAGCAAAUAAACAAAUUGUGUAUUUGUCCUCUGAACUGAGGAAAAAUAUACUUUCGAAUGUAUGCUAAAGGUGAAAAUAGCAGCAGGAUAUGGCGGGACAUACACAAGGAAAAUGCGAAUGACUUAACUGACCAAUUUUGCUGGCAGAAAUGUCAUCAUCACCGUUGCAAAUAUUAAGCACAUUUGCCACACUAACAUUUGAAAAUAAUGUAUUUUUAAUAAAGUUAACUGUCUAAUGUUGUUACUUCCACUAAAUAUGUGAAUCUGCUGCUUCUGAGAGGCAAUGUGAAAGAGGAAGUAUUACUUUUGUGUACAAAGUUAUUUAUUUAUUAGAAAAUUUGGUACAAUAUUGUACAUUGAAAAAAAUGUAAAAUAUUGGAAGUGUCUAACAAAUGGCAUUGAAGUGUCUUUAAUAAAGGUUCAUUUAUAAUAAUA